GCUCUGCACUCAGAUAAAUGACUCAAAACACGGGUCCGUCUCAUUUUAUUCGCAGAUGACCGAUAGCGGCAGCGAUGGCAGGGUCAAAUUUGGUGUUCUCCGAUGUGGAAAGUUUUCUAGACGCGCACCCGGAAUUAUUAGAGGACUAUUUAAACAGAAAGGGCAAGGUGAGUGUGGUGGAAAAGUGGCAGAAGAACCAUCACGCGGCUAAAACUCCGGCGAACUCCAGCGGCGCGCACGCGGAUAAAGGCGCGAGCGCGUGCGGGAAAGACAGCUGGGCGAGCAGAGGAGACGGCAUACAGAGACGAGCCUCGCAGAAAGAGCUACGGAAAACAUUCGCAAGGUCUAAAGCCAUCAAUGCCAACAGGACUUAUGAUGAACACGUUAACUCGCGAGCGCAGGAGCCGCUCACCAGCAUGAGGAGGCGCGCGCUUCUGCGUAAAGCGAGCUCCCUUCCGCCGACCACCGCGCACAUACUCUCCGCGCUCCUGGAGUCCCGGGUCAACAUCCCUCAGUACCCCUACACCGCAGUGGACUACAAAUACUACCUGAAAGAGCACAACGAGAGGGAGUUUUUCCUGGAGCUGGUCAAAGACAUCUCCAACGACCUGGAUUUGACCAGUCUGAGCUAUAAGAUCCUGGUGUUUGUGUGCAUCAUGGUGGAUGCUGACCGAUGCUCCCUGUUCCUGGUGGAGGGACCGGCCAAUAAAAAGACCCUGGUGUCCAAGUUCUUCGACGUGCAUGCUGGGACCACAGUGUUGCCCUCUCUGAGGAACUCGGAUGAGGUGCAGGUGCCUUGGGGAAAGGGCAUCAUUGGAUAUGUGGCUGAACAUGGGGAGACCGUCAACAUUCCCGAUGCAUAUCAGGACCAUCGUUUCAGUGAUGAGAUUGAUAAACUCACGGGAUAUAAAACCAAGUCUCUGCUGUGCAUGCCCAUCCACAACAGUGAUGGAGAGGUCAUCGGGGUCACGCAGGCCAUCAACAAGAGUCCCAAUGGAGCGCUGUUUACCGAAGACGACGAGAAGGUGUUGCAGAUGUACCUUCCCUUCUGUGGCAUUGCCAUCUCAAACGCCCAACUGUUCGCUGCCUCCAGGAAAGAGUACGACAGGAGCAGGGCUCUUCUGGAGGUUGUGAACGAUUUGUUCGAGGAGCAGACGGAUUUGGAGAAGAUCGUGAGGAAGAUCAUGCAUCGAGCUCAGACUCUGCUGAAGUGUGAACGCUGCUCCGUCCAGCUGCUGGAGGACAUCGAGUCUCCGGUGGUGAAGUUCACCAAGUCCUUUGAGCUUCUGUCACCCAAGUGCAGCGCCGACAUGGAGAACAGCUUCAAGGACAGCAUGGACAAAUCGUCCUAUUCUGAUUGGCUGAUUAAUAACAGCAUUGCAGAGCUGGUCGCCUCCACUGGGCUUCCUGUGAAUAUCAGUGAUGCCUACCAAGACCCACGCUUCGACGCUGAAGCGGAUCAGUUCUCUGGCUUCCAUAUUAGAUCUGUCCUGUGUGUCCCUAUCUGGAACAGUAACCACCAAAUCAUAGGUGUGGCUCAGGUCUUGAACAGGUUGGAUGGGAAACCGUUUGAUGAUUUAGAUCAGAGGCUGUUUGAGGCAUUUGUGAUAUUCUGUGGACUGGGAAUCAAUAACACCAUUAUGUAUGACCAAGUGAAGAAGUCCUGGGCCAAACAGUCUGUCGCUUUGGAUGUGCUGUCAUAUCAUGCCACAUGCUCUAAGACUGAGGUGGACAAGUUUAAGGCAGCGAACAUCCCUCUAGUGUGUGAGCUGGGCAUUGAUAAACUAUGGUUUGAUGACUUCUCUCUGGAUGUGGACGCUAUGGUCACUGCAUCUCUCAGGAUGUUUAUGGAGCUGGGAAUGGUGCAGAAAUUCAAAAUAGACUAUGAGACCCUCUGUCGGUGGCUGCUGACCGUCCGGAAGAACUAUCGCAUGGUUCUGUAUCAUAACUGGAGACACGCUUUCAACGUUUGCCAGUGCAUGUUCUCCAUGCUGACGACGGCCGGCUUCCAGGAGACUCUGACGGAGAUGGAGAUUCUGGCUCUGAUCGUGGGCUGCGUCUGCCAUGAUCUGGACCACAGAGGAACCAACAACGCUUUCCAGGCCAAGACGGGAUCAGCUCUGUCUCUUCUUUACGGGACAUCGGCCACUCUAGAGCACCAUCACUUCAACCACGCUGUCAUGAUCCUGCAGAGCGAGGGUCACAAUAUCUUCUCGAAUCUGUCUUCACAUGAGUAUGGAGAGCUCAUGCAGCUCCUGAAACAGUCCAUCCUGGCCACAGACCUAACGCUGUACUUCCAGAACAGAAAUGCCUUCUUCGAGCUGGUGACUAAAGGGGAAUACAACUGGAAUGUGAAGGAACACAGAGAUAUGUGCAGGUCGAUGUUGAUGACAGCAUGUGAUCUGGGUGCCGUCACUAAACCCUGGGAGAUUUCAUGCAAGGUGGCUGAACUGGUGACCAGCGAGUUCUUCGAGCAGGGAGACCGAGAGCGGUCCGAGCUGAAGCUGACCCCCUCGGCGAUUUUCGACCGCAACCGUAAGGAUGAGCUGCCAGGGCUUCAGCUGGAGUGGAUUGAUGGGAUCUGUGCGCCGCUGUAUGAGACUUUUGCCAAAUUAAACCCUAAACUACAGCCGAUGGUUGAUUUGAUCAAGGCCAAUCGUGCCAAAUGGGAAGAGCUACACCACAGACACCAGCGCAGCCAGGAAAACCCCGGCCCUGGAAGCCCGCGUGACGCUGAGGUCACAGCAAACGGCUGCGCGGACACUAGCGACGGCGGCCCCGUGAGCUAACCUGGGGACACUCUGCCUGAUUUUACCACACGCUUCUCUCUGACCCGCAGUUAUGCAGACGGAAGGAGUUUGGAUCUGCUGCACGCUUCAAACCAGCAGCCAUUACCUCACUAGCGCCCGCUAUCGGGCUUUUGCUCCGUCUCUGAGCACUUCAGGCGACUGCGAAUGAGUUUGCGUAUGCAUUCGUCUCCACAGUGCAAAGACUGCACAUUUAUCUAACAAUGACUUGUGAUGUGGGGAAUCUUAGGGAUGUGUUUACGCCCAGGAAGCUACUUUAGGGCUAGCAUGCUAACUUCGAGACUCUAUCGUGUGUGUAAGUUACUUUCAGCAGGGACUGUUUAAGGAGGAUUGCCACCGUUUAUAAGGUAUAAUAGUGUAUUUUUCCCUUUGUAGCUUUGAUGAUGUUGAAUGAGCACAUUUCCUGAGCACUGGAGCUCGGUUCUGUACUGCAUAUGUCAUGUGAAGGAAUGACUAAUGCAGGAUUUGACUGUAUUUUUUGCCUUUCUUGUUUUAGCUGAUGUAUUUAUUCCAGGAUCAGGGGUUUGUGGAGCCGCGAGGCUCUUGGCGAUGCUGAUCCACUCCAGCGCUGUACUCUGUGCCUUGGUAAAACCCCCAUGAUAAUGCAUGCAUCGCAUACGGUACAUCACAGAUCUCUCUAGUUCAUACUUCAUCAUCAUGGAUUUUUCCUCAAGUCUUGGGCCUGUUUCACUUCACGCAGGGAAUCGACGGCACCCAUCAUGAAUAGUGAUAGUUCUGUCGUUUACUCACACUUGUGUUGUUCCAAGUACGACUUUCUUUCUUCUGUGGAACACAAAAGAAGAUAUUUUGAAGAAUUGUACUGGUCCAUGGCAUCAGAAGAACACAAAAGCACCCUUAAGGCCCGUUCACACUAAGAACGAUAACUAUAACGUU